AUGAAUGAAGAGCAAGAGAAUGAAAUUUUAGCAAUAUCAUCCAUUUAUAUAGAUACAUUUAAAGAAAUAGUAGACGAUGAAGAUGAUAACUUUGAAGGCGAAUCAAAAAGCUACCAAGUUAUAAUUACACCAAAUAUAAGCUGUUUAAAAGAAACUGAUAGUGAUUAUGGGUUAAUAAUAGAUACAGAUCAUGACUAUAAUAUUUAUUUUAAAUUUAGUUAUCCAAAAGGAUAUCCAGAAUCAGAGGCACCACAUAUUUCUAUUAAAGCAUCAUGGUUACAAAUUUCAGAUCAAUCAAUACUAUCUUCACAUUUAGAAAAUUUUUGGAAUCCUGGCGAAUUAAUUAUAUUUCAAAUGAUUAGCUGGAUUCAAGAAAACUCUGUUCAAACUUUAUUAGACCAUUAUAAACUAAAUAAAAAAUCAUCCUCUUCUCAAUAUCAUAAAAAUCAAAAAACAAAUCAACAAAAACAACAGCAACUACAAUUACAACAACAGCAACAACAACAACAAAAUGAAAAUAACAAACCUAUUAAUAAUAGAAAAGUACCAACCAUUUAUACAGGACCAGCAGUAACUGAAAAAAAGAGUAAAUUCCAAGCACAUUUAGCUAUUGUGAAGGAUGAAGAGGACGUUAGAUUGGUUUUAGAUCAUUUACUGAGCUAUAAAAAAAUAUAUGAGGCUACUCAUAAUAUGUAUACAUAUAGAAUAGAAUUACCAAAUGGUGAAAUUGAUGAAUAUUGUAAUGAUGAUGGUGAAGAUGGCGCAGGCGAAAAGAUGCUUUUUACACUAAAUAAAAAUCAAUCAAAGAAUGUAUUGGUUGUUGUUACUAGAUGGUUUGGUGGCAUUUUGUUAGGGGGUAGAAGAUAUUUUCACAUUGUCAACGUAACGAAAGAAAUAUUAGAUAUUCAAAGUUCCAAUUCCUUAAACCAAUGUUCAUUGGAAUAUAAUAAAUAA